AUGGCUCGCUACCCCCAGUCAUCCAUGGCUUCGACUGCCCCUGCCAUGUUUUCUUUUUCUCACACAGAACCAUCGGCGGACCAUAUGAAUGGUUCGUCAUGGGGUGCAAACACAGAAGGGCCACAGACCUUACAUGAUUACCCGGACAAUGGAUCAUCGCACUCAGGAGAUGCCGAGGAAUUUCUUUUCACAUCUGGUCAUAACUCACCUAGGGGACCAAGACUUGAUCAGGCCCAACCUGCUGAUGUGGCAUGGACCGCCGCUCCCAAAGCAGUCAUGUCCAUCGCCUCCGGAGCCCAGGCUAUGUCUCGAGCUAGCUCGAGCCGCUCCCACGUCUCUGCUGUCUCACAGACGCAGAUGUCUAAUAUGAGCGUUAGAGGUAAUGCACAAGUUUUCCGGAGUGGACCUCAAUCUACUGGCUCCAUGGCCGGAAUGGAUUCCUGUCUGUUGCUGGACUCAGAUGCCCACGGUGUUCAAUCCCAAAUGUACCCCUGGCACGACUACUCUCUCGAAAUGAACCUUGGCGCCGAAAAUGUUGCUUUCCCCGUCCCCAACAUGAACCCUCUCCAUUUGGUUCCUUCACAGAUGCACCUUGCCAAUGAUGCCAUUCCGGAUACGUCAUCCCCCAGCAACUGGGACUGCUUUUCUAGCUCCAUCUCCAGAACUUCCUCCCCUGCCACUAUUGAUGAAGCAUGGCAAGCUGCUCCUUUCAGCCCUGAAACCUCCCCCGAAACUUGCCCAUCACCUAGAGACAGAAAAUUCCACAUGAUGACGGAGCACAACGUCUCCCAGUUGGAAGAUGCCUCCGCUCUUCCUCAAGCCUAUACUGCCCGCCGACAGGGAAGUGAGGGAGAGUCUGCCAGAGAUCAUGCCUUGUACAAGAACGUUUCUCCCCGGGAGGACGGUCUCUUUCACUGCCCUUGGGAAGGCCAGCCAAACUGCAACCACAGGCCCGAGAAGCUUAAGUGCAACUAUGACAAGUUUGUUGACUCUCACUUGAAGCCCUACCGCUGCAAGGCUGAGGCUUGCGAGGGUGCCAGGUUUUCUUCCACUGCCUGCCUUCUUCGUCACGAGCGUGAAGCCCAUGGUCUGCAUGGCCACGGCGAUAAGCCUUUCCUUUGCAUGUAUGAAGGUUGUGAGCGAUCCAUUCUUGGCAGCGGAUUCCCGCGUCAGUGGAACCUUCGGGACCACAUGAAGCGAGUUCACAAUGAUCACGGUAGCGCUGGUGCCUCCCCUACUGGAGCUGCUCAGCAGGCUACCAAGGGACGGAAGCGCAAGUCUGACGCUGAAGCCCAAGGCUCUCCCAGCCGCAAGGCCUCGAUCAAGUCGAUGCCGGCCCCAGAGCCCAAGCAGCCUCCUGUCAAGCCUCUUAUUGAACAGUGGCUGGAACAGCGCAAGGCAUUGGAGGCGUUUGUCCAGCGCAUGGACAAGCCCGAUCUCCAGAGCCUUCAGCACAUUGCGGAGGCCCAGAAGCAUCUUGAGGUUAUGGUCAAGAUGGCUACUGAUGCGACCACCGUCACCCCCAAGACGGAGAUGCAAUCCGGUCGCCGAUACUUUUAA